AUGAAAUUUGCCCUGGAACCAUCGGGUAAUGAGGGGUUUGUCAUUAGGAGGAGAGGAUACGACACCAGCCGCAUCAGCAGUAGGACGAGCACAACCCAGUCAAGUACAGACACACGGAACCACAGACAUAAAGAGGUGACGUCACCUCGACUCAAACGAGCUGAUCCAGAGUCUGCUCCUCUGCCUGUGAGCCCGCCUCCCCCCGCCCUCACCCGCCUCCCCCCGCCCUCACCCGCCUCCCCCCGCCCUCACCCGCCCUCACCCGCCUCCCCCCGCCCUCACACGCCUCCCCCCGCCCUCACCCGCCUCCCCCCGCCCUCACCCGCCUCCCCGCCCCCCCGCCCUCACCCGCCUCCCCCCGCCCGCACGCUGACGUAG